AACGUUUCCUCCGACGAGUGCUUCAGUAGUUAAAGAUAAACCCUGUAUGCGAUGGGGAACAUAGAUUCACUCCCAGUGAUAUCACAAGUAAAAAGUCUUGUCCAAGUGAUGUCGGGAGAUGUAGACGGAGCCCGACAGACUGCGGAAAAUUUUGCAGAAACUGGUAUCAUUGCCUCCCAAAUGACAUCUCUUAUCCAUGUUAUGAACGGUGACGAAGAGGCCGCAAGAGAAACGCAACAAAAAUUUGGUAAAAAUAUGGAAAGUUUUGCUGAUUCAAUGCCAGUGGUAGGGCAUAUAAAGGGAUCGAUUCAUCACAUUGUUGGUCAAAAAGAAAAAGGAAACUCUGCUUUUAAGAGUGCCAGUGGGUCUUUGCUGACUAUUCCAGCUGCAGUCGCGGGGACGCUUGUUGGUGGUCCGGCCGGAGGGGCAGCAGCAGCCGUAGUGGCAUCUCAAGCUUACGAUGGAAUAGUGACAGGCAUAGAUACAGCUGUCAAUGGUCAACGCGAAGAUGGAAGACCUCGCUAUUACGGUUCAUGGGAUACGUGGGAUAAAAUGGGUAGGGGAGAAACAACUUCUGGCGACGAAUUUGAUCUUCUAACUGGAAUUGGAUUUGAUGCUUUAGGAGGUGCUACUGGCGCCAAGAUUGGAAAAGGGUUUAGAGGUUACGCUAAAGCUGUUGGUAGGGAAAUCGGAGAUAGUAUUCCUGGGUCAAAUGUAGUCAAUAGAUUUAGAAGGCCACGCUGCAAAAGAGACAGUGAAUAUCAUCUGUCUCAUGAGGAAGCGAGAUUUGCAGGUACUCAUCUGAAACUGGAAGGCGGAAUGACCGAAAUCAUCAAUUCCAACUGGAAAAAUAUGAGUAUUGCAGACAACUUGUCGAGCGUUAUAUCCUUAUUUGUUAUACUCAAACUAGUAUUAUGGAAUGACAAAAACGGAAGGAACUACAGCAGGGAACUUUGUUCAUAUUCCACCACUGUAGAAGAAGAUAUCCGUGUUUGUCAACUGGUCCUUCUUAAUAACAUUCGAAGAUUAGAGAACAAAUUACAUGAACAAAGCGAAAAUGAAAUUUUUACAUUCGUCCUGAAUCCAAACGUACCCUUUGAAAUAAGUAAUUCCUCGACAAUAUUGAUAAAAACUGUAACAUCUCUAUAUGGAAUUCUUUCAAGCAUUGGAAUGAACAAACAUAUUGGAACUAAUUGGGCGGAAGAAGUUUGUUUUUUUGAAAACCCGAGAGCGUAUAAAUCAUGCGAAAAAAAUCUAACGAAGGGUCUAUCUACGAUAAAUGGCAAGGCGUUUCAUCUCGGAGAAAAGAGAAAACGACGUCAAACUUGCAGCUUUAAGAGCAGUUCAAAGAUAAAUAAAGAAACCCCAAACAAAUCGAAUGUUGAUCUCUACAAAAACUUGAAAAGAAAAGACAGAAGAAAGCCAAACCAUGAUGCAAAUCAUAUCCCUGCAUCUAGUAUAUUUAAAGAAUUUGGCAUCAAACCACGUGAUUUACCUGCGCAUUAUAUCCCAAGAGAAUUACAUCAAAAACAAAUGACAAGAGUGGGAACGUCAAAGAGUAGCAACAUUGCGAAAACACUGCGUGAUUACGAAAGUGGGCUUUUAAAAGCGAAAAAGUUAGAUCAAGCUCUCGAGCUAGAUUUUAUAGCUGGUUAUGGCCGAGCUAAUGUAGAUUUUGCAAAAAAGGGAUUUCGGCCAGCGCUAGUGAAAUACAGUAAAGAUCUAAACAAAAUUGUUGACUUAUGGGACGAUAUUAUUAAAAAAAAUCCGGAAACGUAUGGACAAUUCAUUGAAUUUAACCCACGUUCAAAGCUUCAGAAGGUUAAAAAAAUCAUUGCUGAAGAUGUAAAAAAAUAUAAAGAAAUUGAAGCUGAAGGCCUUAAGGGAAAUACAGAUUGGCGAAAGAAAUGGAUUGAAUACACUGAAAGGAGAUACCUGAAAAUAAUAAAGGAUAACAACCUGGAGAUUAACGGCAAAAUCAAUAUAGAUGACAUUGAUAUUUUACAAGGAAAAUAAAGAUAAUGAUUCGUUAAGGCUAAUUGACGAAAUAUAUUUUUUUAUUUUAUUUUUGAACAUAAAUUGCUUUAAAGUUUACCGUUUCGAUUAGUGUCAGGAUAAUGUAAUUUUUAAUAAAUCAAUUUAUUAAGCGUACUGUUGAAAUAUUCGUUUUCAAUUCUGUAGUACUUAUAUACAUUGUAUAGCAACGUUACUGUAUCGUACCAAUCAUAGUUAAAAAACUCAUUAUGAUUGACAGAAUAUAUUUUUAAAAACUAA